AUGUAUCUCCUGCCGCUGAUGUUAUCGAAUCUCCAUCUGGGCCUGGACGCACCCGUCGGCUCGCUGAACCUAAAUCUCGGUAAACCGAGCUUUGUCCGAUCGAAAGACUUUACCUCUCGCGUUCCCGAUCGCUACUACCCGACCGCCAGUUUCGAGCGCGAAGUACUGGAUUUCGUCAGACCCUGGGCUGACCUCGGGGCGGACCUACUGAAAGCUGGGCUGAAAGUGCUGAACAAUAGGCAUCAGCAACAAUAUCACGUCCCCGAUCACGUGAUCAGGGACAGGAAUCACACGAACAUUGACGACAACGUCUUCAAGAUAACCCUACCUAUGAACCGUAUACAUGAGAUCAACGUCGAAGUGGUGGAUCGUUCGUUGGUCGUCGAGGCGUUCGAGCCGACGAAAGACAACGGCAACGUCUUUACCCGGCAGUUCGUCAGAAAAUAUAUGCUACCCAGUCGCGCUCAAGUGGACCAGAUAAAGGCCACGAAAGACGACGGCUUCCUGAUAGUCACGGUGCCGUUGAAGCCGAAGGAUGAGAGAGUGAUCAAGAUCGAGUAG